UGGGUGUAUCACAACGAACCUACUCGAAUUAUUCAGGAAACCAAAGUGAGCUACUCGGAUCGGAUCUACUAUCUGCCGGCCGAUCUAUGUGCUCAUGUAAGGGAAACUUUUUUGCUGCAUAUCAAUUUUGUAAGUCACGCAACAUGGACUUAGUAAGCAUUGAAACGGAAGCAGAAAACGACAGGAUUAAACAAUAUUUAAUCGAAAAAGGACUUUCUUCCCCAUAUUCUGUACAAUUCUGGACCUCAGCGACAAAUACGCUCCAGGGAGGCAAAUGGAUGUGGUUGUCAACAGGCAAAGACGUCAAAUAUUUUAAUUGGGGUUUCGGCGAGCCACUAGGAAUUUUUGUGCCAAAUUUUGAAAACUGCAUUGUUAUUAGAUUAGAUAAACAACGUGGAAUAACGUGGCAUGACCUUAAUUGUUUGUUAUCGGGUUACGCUAUAUGUGAAGAUUCGCUAUCUUGUACUUGUUCUUUGUCGAAAGUGUAUUAG